AUGGCCUCCCGGGCUCAUAACUUAUACAAGGCGCAGAUAAGUCACAGGUUUUAUCAGAUCGAUCAGGGAGUGCUAGGCUGCCCGCAGCGCAAGACGUUUCGCGAUACGACUGCAGAGGAUGCGAUCCGUCUGAAGACGGCGCAGCUCAUCCACUACACGAAAAUGAUCUCCAUGAGUAUCACUAUGGACCACAAGUCGUUUCGCGAUUCAACUGCAGAGGAUGCGGUCCGUCUGAAGACGGCGCAGCUCAUCCACUACACGAAAAUGAUCUCCAUGAGUAUCACUAUGGACCACAAGUCGUUUCGCGAUUCAACUGCAGAGGAUGCGGUCCGUCUUAAAGACGGCGCAGCUCAUCAACUCUGCGAAAAUGAUCUUCAUAGCAGAAGAUACUUUGACUUACUCAGUAUUCGCCGGAGGCUUCAAGCCUCAGCAAAACGACAAGAGUUUCUCGACCUUUAUCAUCAACACCAGCAACUUGCAGCCGCAGCAAAGCGGCAGGAGUUUCUCAACCUUUGUCAGCAACACCAAUAA